GUGGAGAAACAUGACGAUUUUUGCCAAUCAACCAUCUUUCUACAUAUAUCAUGAUUGUUAAUAAUACAAACUAAUUAGGCUUAGCCAAAUAAUCCUUAUUAGGAACGGCGCCGCAGUGCGUGUUUUAUUAUAGUCAAAGAUUCCGAACUUUUCCAAAGAAAAAACUACGUAGGAUACACAGAAUUUGAGCAGCAGCGGAGAUUAGUUGUGGAAUUAGCAAAGCGAUGGGGAAUCGAAAGCAGAAGUGGACUUCUGAGGAAGAAGAAGCAUUGCGCGCCGGAGUUGCCAAGCACGGUGCCGGAAAGUGGAAGAACAUUCAAAAAGACCCUGAGUUCAAUCACCUCCUCUUUUCUCGCUCCAACAUUGAUCUCAAGGAUAAAUGGCGGAAUUUAAGUGUUGCCAACGGCCUAGGGUCAAGAGAUAAAUCAAAAACACCCAAGGCAAAGGCCAGUGCUGCUGAUACUCCAACUAUUCUGUUGCCCAAUCCAAAUACCCCGAUUUCUAUUACUCCAGAGUCACAGAAUACAUCAGCAGAUGUAGUUAUGGAAGAUUCUUUGAGGCCCUUACCUGAAGGGAAUAAUGCGUCAAGGUACAAUGCGAUGAUAUAUGAAGCACUUUUGACCCUUAAAGAGCCAAAUGGAUCAGAUUCUAGUACAAUUGCUAAUUUUAUUGAGCAAAGAAAUGAGUUGCCCCAAAAUUUCAAAAGGCUAUUGAGUUGUAGAUUAAGAAGGCUUGUGCAACAGGACAAACUUGAAAAGGUACAAAAUUGCUUCAGAAUCAAAACAGAUGUCGUGCUUGACAUGAAAACCCCUACUACAAAGCAGAACUCACUACCAAGACAGGCACAGAGCAUUGGAUAUCUCGGGGAUACAGUUGAAGAUGCAGCAGUUUCUGCUGCCUAUAGAAUUGCAGAAGCAGAAAACAAAUCUUUCGUGGCAGCCGAAGCUGUCAAGGAGGCGGAGAGGGUCUCGAGGAUGGCUGAAGAGAUGGACUCACUGCUUCAGUUUGCAGCUGACAUUUUCGAUCAAAGUUCAGGUGGUGAAAUCUUGCUAAUAGCAUAGGAUCCAGGCCUGCAUCGUAUGAAAGACAUGGAUUCCUUCAAAGCUUUGUAAAUCAAAUAUGCGUGCUUGUUAUAUUCUUCGCAGUUAAUGUAAUUCUAAUAGAGUUUUACCGUAAUAUUUCACUUUAUUUAAGGUCAGCAUGACAACCUUGUAAGGUUUCUAUGUGGUGGAAGAUUCUUUAGUUGUUUCGGAGUUCUUUUGGCUUUAUCAAUUCUUCUUGUGUA